AUGGUCUGUACCGAGAAGCUGAUCGAGGUGUUCUGGUACGUCUACAUGCUCACGAAUAUGUAUGUCAGCUUUACAACUGUCGUUGAAGCCGCCCUGAGCAUGUCCUUCACGCGAGAUGCACGAGCGAGAGUUACCAAGAUGGCAGUGCUCGACUUCAAGCCUGGAUCGGGGCCUUGGCCCACCCGAGACGAACAGUUGCCUAUCAUUGAUCUGAUCAUCGUCGCCUAUCUGCCCAACGAACGCGACAUCAUUAUGGACCGCGUCAAGUACCUCUGCACACAAAUUGUGUACCCCGUGGACCGCAUCCGCAUCAACUGUGUGUACAAUACUCCAAUCCCUAUCGAACCUCUGGAGACCGAACUCGUUGAGCUGCAAGACGUUUACUCCCAACUCCGCGUGCUCAAAGUUCCCGGAAGCAAGUCAAAGGCCGACAAUCUGAAUUACUUCUUCACCCUCAAUACCGGUGCAGAUGUCAUCGCCAUCUUCGACGCAGACCAUUACCCGCAUCCGCAUAAUCCACGCUGGGCCGCUGAGAGAUUCAUGGGCGAUUCUGAAGUCAGCAUUGUUCAAGGCCGCUGCGUCAUCUACAAUUCGCGUGAUUCGUGGCUCACACGCCUUAUCGCCAUCGAAUUCGACAAAAUCUACGCCGUUUCUCACCCCGGACGUGCGUUGAUGAUGACCUUCGGUCUUUUCUGUGGUACAUUUCGCGGCUUCAACCAAAUGAGCAAUGACUAA